AUGUUAAAACUUGGAGGGGCCACAGACGAUGGUCAGGAUGUACAACGAGCAAAAUAUAUAAUUUCAACUUCCCUAGCCAACAACAAUACAAUAACAUUGAAUGGAGCUGAACUUAUACCAAUAAAUUGGGAAGGUCGAUUAAUAAGUCAACCCUCAGUAUCUGUAAACGAAUUGGGCAAACAACUAUUAAAAGCAGCAGCAGACGGUACGAUUGAUAAAGUUAAACAAUUACUUACAAAAGGAGCUCCAUUUACCGCAGACUGGUUGGGCACCAGUCCCCUACACUUAGCUGCUCAAAAUGACAAUUUAGAAAUCACAGAAAUCUUACUUAGAGCUGGCAUUUCCAAAGAUGCCCGCACUAAAGUCGAUAGAACACCAUUACACAUGGCCUCAUACGAAGGACAUGUUGAUAUUGUCGAAACUCUACUUAAACAUGGGGCUGACAUAAAUUGUAGAGAUCUGUUGGACAUGACCCCCCUGCACUGGGCCGUUCAAAAUGGUCACAUUGAAGUUGUAAACCUCUUAGUAAAAUAUGGUGCGUUAAUAGAAGUACCUAGUAAAUUUGAUGUCACGCCAGUUAUGAUAGCGCAACAGACAGGUAGAUCAGAUAUUGAAGAAAUUUUGAUUGGAGCAAUAAACAAUUCAGCAAUAGCCAGCCAAAAUUUAGUGCUGCAACUUAAUGCUGGCAAUGUAACAGAAAAUGAUGCAGAAAAUAUGUUUAGUGAAGAUAUGGAAUUGGAGGAAACAGAAAAUCAAGAAUUUGGUGGUUAUACUUUAGUAAGAGAACCAAUUCUUAUUGAAGAAGAUAUGAAAGGUAUUGACAUUGACCAGGAAACUAGUCAGGAAGCAACAGAACAAGAAGAUCUUAAUCAAGAAAGAGAUGAUGAAACUGAACAAGUGGUUGAUGCAAGUGCUUUAACGAAUUCUUUAAAAAUUCUAGAAGAACAUGGCAUUACGAUGUUACAAAAUGAUGAAAAUGAUGAUGGCAACAUUUUAAAUACUGUCAUGGAGAGUGGACAUUCUGUCGUUUUAACAGAUGUUGGUAAAGAAGUAUUAAAUUCCGUGAAACAAUCAGAACAAAGAAAACAAUCACAGACUCUACAUAUGGAUAAAAAGUUUCUAACUGUGACUCCUGAACAGUUUUUAGCUAUGACAAAUAAUCAUAGUUCUAAGAAUAUAAGACAGAUGAAAGUGAUACCCUCUAGGGGCACUUUUAAGAGGGUGGUUAUGAAAAAAAAUAAAAUAAUACCUAUAGCGGCAACGGCGGUGGCUGAAGAAUUUGAUCCUAUAUUGAAUAUAAAUAGAGAUAAUGGAUCCCAAUCUGAUUUGGAGCUGGUCAUGAGUCAACUCAUUGAAGCUAGGAAAACCAUUGAAGAGUACAAAAUUAAAUUAAGGAAAAAGGAACAAGAAGUGGAAAGGUAUAAAAUGCAAUUAAAAUUACUUGUGAAUCCUAGCUAG